AUGGCGCCGAAAGCUCAACAGGUCGAGGUGCAGCGAGAGGCUCUGAACAUCGCUGCAUCAUGGAUGCAAAGCAUGAAGUCCGCAGUGAAGGAUGCUGUAGCCUUCGAAGAAGAAGAAGCAACUAAUGCUGACCUGCUUGUCUCUCGCCCUGCAAGGCUGGGCUGGGCUCAAAGUUUGUUCCUCACUCCAAGGUGCACGCAUGCAGUUUGUUGGCAGGCAUGCGGGACUGAUAGGAUGAAACAGGCACUCAAGACAGAGGGCGAUGAGAACAAUCGUCUGGUUGGAAAGUUGAAGAAGAUGGUAAAGAAGAAAGAUGAGCAUAUUGAGCGAUCAGUUCAGAAACGGAAGGCUCAGGAUGAGGACAAUGAUGAAGAGAGCAGAACGAAAUCGAUUCAGCCAAAGAAGAGUAAGCCCCCACAGGAACCAGUCGUGUUGACGACUGUUGAUCAAGAAAACAACAAUCAGAACAAGAAGAAGAGAAGGAAAAAACAACAGAAGAAGGCCGGAGAGCAGGUAGAUGCAAACAAGAGCCAAGAGCAGCAAGAGGAAGAGGAAGAGCAGGAAAGCAGGAGGAGAGAAGGAGAGAAGAAGAUCAAACCCGCUCAAGAAGUUUCAAAGAAGAAGUCUGCUGCAGGAGAUGAAGACAAGAAGGAGAAAAUCCCUCCCCAUCCCAAGCAUCGCAAAGAUCAGCAAGAGCAAGGGAGUUCGAACCAGAAGCAGCCGGCAGACGAGCAGGAAGAACGAGAGGAGGACGACUUCGACGGCCACAGGCCGAGGAGGAGGAGGAUCAAAGGCAAGAAAACUCGAUCGAGGCAGAAAAACAUCCGCAAAGACAGCCGUCCGGAAAAUCUCCGGCCAGGAGGCAAAGACUACGUCGCUAGGACAACCCCAGCUGACGAGCCGGCAGCAUGA